GUAGAGAUUGAGGAGGCCCUAGAAAAAGGAGAGAAAACUGAAGAAAACAAUGGAGGCUGCUUCGGGAAAGUCUAAUAGCCGUGGAGCAUCAGAGAUGGAAGAGAAAAGAGUAGUACUUGAAUCUAUUAGUAGCGCUGAUGAUCAAGAAGCUGGUUACAAAGAAGACAUUAUGUCAACCACAAGUAACAUAAAGGGGUCCUCGGCGGAACCUGAUCAUUCAGUGGCAUCUAAUUCAUCAAGUCUAAAGGAACAGGAUUAUCAGCUUGAAUCUGCUAGAGCGGAAAUUGGUAAAGUUAGAGAAGAAAACCGAAGGCUGAAGAAGUACCUGGAUCGGAUAACGGAGGACUACCAGACACUUCAAAUGCAGUUCUAUGACAUUCAACAAAAAGCAAACAAGUCCAAGGACAUUGCAAUUCCAAGUACUAUUAAGAAAUAUAACCAAGACGAGGAAUCCGAGUUUGUGUCACUCAGCCUCGGAUCAUUUUCUGGAAAACCAAAAUGGAACCAAAAGAAUGAUAAAAACCCUAGCACUAGUCAAGGGAAAGUAGAAAACGAGUCAGAUGGAGAAAGCUUGUCUUUGGGGCUAGACUGCAAAUAUGAAGCAGCUAAGUCAAGUGCUACAACUGAUCAAGUUCCCUUGGCAAAUCCAAGCCCUGGAAGCAGCCUUGAAGAAGUGCCCAAGGAAGAAGCUGGUAAGACUUGGCUACCAAAAAAGGUUCUCAAGACAAUGAGAUCAAGUGCUAUAGAAGAUGAAGUUGCGCAACAGAGCCCAGCCAAGAAAGCUAGGGUUUCAGUGAGAGCUAGAUGUGACACCCCAACGAUGGACGAUGGAUGCCAAUGGAGGAAAUAUGGGCAAAAGAUUGCAAAAGGAAAUCCAUGGCCUCGUGCUUACUACCGUUGCAUCAUUGCACCUUCGUGUCCAGUAAGAAAACAGGUACAAAGGUUUGCAGAGGACAUGUCCAUCUUAAUCACCACCUAUGAAGGAACACACAAUCACCCACUUCCAAUGUCAGCCACAGCUAUGGCUUCCACUACCUCUGCAGCUGCUUCCAUGCUAUUAUCCGGUUCAUCAUCUUCAAUCUCUGGCCGCCUGAACCCAUCAACAAUCGCUGUGCACGAUCUUCAUGGUUACAAUUUCUACCUUUCUGACAACUCAAAAUCCAGAUUCUACAAACCCAACUCUUCACUCUCAUCUUCUCUCCCAACAAUCACCUUAGACCUCACUUCAAACCCUUCAUCACCAUCCAAUUCCUUGUCCCAUUUCAACAAAUUCUCUUCUUCAUCAAGUUCUUCCCGUCAACUUUACCCUUCCACCAGCCUCAACUUUGGAUCAAAUUCUGAGUCGAACACCAACACGUCUUGGAGGACCCGCUUACCCGAGUUACCUCCAUACAAUAUCAGUAACAAGAAUCAAAUUGCACCACUAAGUAGUCCUGGAAUCAGGCAGCAGCCCCUGCAAAACAGCAUGUACCAAAACUGCAUGCAGAAGAAUAUUAACCCCAACCCUAAUCCCCCUCGAGGAGUUCCGCAUCAGUUUCAACCAGACUCUAUUGCAGCUGCAACCGAGGAAAUCACAGCUGACCCUAGCUUCCAAUCCGCCUUAGCCACCGCCCUUACAUCAAUCAUUGGCAACAACAGUACUGCUACUCUUUCUCCAUUCCUUCAGUCACAGAUAGGGAAUAAACAGUAGCAUUGGAUGUGUUAGUGUGUAAAUUGUGAUAUGAUAUGGUAGUGUAGUUCUAGCUCAUAUUACUAGAAUAAUUAGUUAAAUGUUGAUUUGGUUGUAUCUUUCUUAUUUGAGUCUCAUAGGUCUUAAGUAAGUAAGGUGCCAAGUGUCUACAUCUAAUAGGGUGUAAGAUGGAGGGCUGAGAUUGUCUAUGAUGUAUUUUGAAUACUGCCAAAAGUGUAUAACCGUUAGAAGUGUGAGUAUUUUAUUCUUACUCUCUCUCUCUAGCGGAUAUUAUGGUGAAUGUGUGUGAAUGAAAUAGCAGAGUCAUAUUCUCUAUUGC